AUGGCCAUGAAAGCAACGCUACGGGUGCGUAUGCGUCGACCGGAUGACUGGCAUGUCCACUUUCGCGACGAUGCUAUCUUGCGGGCUGUUGCACCGCUAACUGCGCGCCAGUUUGGGCGAGCACUGGUCAUGCCGAACCUGGUUCCACCUGUUUGCACGGUGGCACAGGCGCGCGCUUAUCGCGAACGCAUUCUGGCUACCGUGCGAGCAGCAGACCCGGCGAACAGCUUCGAACCUUACUUGGCGCUCUAUCUCACCGAGCGUACGAGCGUGGAAACCGUGCAACAGGCGAAAGAGAGCGGCUUUAUUCUCGCUUUUAAAUGGUACCCUGCAGGUGCAACCACGAAUGCCGAACAAGGCGUUCGGUCGAUAGAGCGACUGAACGCCGUACUGGCGGCUAUGGAAACGCUAGGCGUUGUCCUCUGUGUCCAUGGCGAAUCGACAGAUCCUGCCGUAGAUGUCUACGAUCGCGAGGAGCAUUUCAUUCGCCAUGAACUUGAACCCGUUCGAAAGCGCUUCCCUCGUCUCCGAAUCGUCGUGGAGCAUGUUUCCACGGCGUUUGCGGCUAAAUGGGUGCUCGACAACGCCAACGGGUACACCGCAGCGACGGUUACAGUGCAGCACUUGCUUUGUAACCGAAACGAUCUGCUUGUCGGAGGACUCAAACCGCAUCUCUACUGUCUGCCGGUUCUAAAAAGCGAGCAAGAUCGUUUGGCGAUAAUCGAAGCUAUUCGCCAGGAUAACCGAGGUUGUUUUUUCCUUGGCACAGACUCGGCGCCGCACCCGCGCUUCCGCAAGGAGUCAGCGUGUGCCAGUGCGGGUUGCUUCACGGCGAUUGCCGCCAUGGAGCUCUACGCGGAAGCGUUCGCCAAAGCCGGUAUGCUCGAUCGACUGGAACGAUUCGCUGCAGAGAAUGGUGCGAGAUUCUACGGACUCCAGCCGAGCACGGAGUAUGUUCAAGUUCUGAACUGGCCUGAGGCAGUGCGCACGAUUCCCGAGUAUGUCCUCGUCGACAGCGUCGCCGAGCGUGAGCCCCAGCGUACCCCCGAAACCCGCACUGAAUCGAUGCUAACGUCCACAACGCUGCAACCAUUUCAGGCUGGUGCGCGUCUUAUGUGGAGCAUGGAGAGGCUGGGUAUCUCCGAUGCAGAUCGCUGA